AUGUCUUUGAAUGAUAAUUUGAGCUUAAGACUGCGCCAGAAGGCAACAUUAGGAAGAAUGCUCCAUUUAAACAAGGAUGGUGCAGUUGAUUUGACCUUGGCUUCGCAAUCAGAAGAACUUACUUGGAAAGUAUUAAUUCUUGAUUCAAGAUCUCAAGCAAUUGUUUCAUCAGUGCUUCGAGUCAAUGAUCUCUUACGUUGUGGUGUCACCAUCCACUCCUUGAUUAACUCCAAGAGAUCACCAUUACCAGAUGUUCCAGCCGUUUACUUUGUGGAACCCACUGCCGAAAAUGUCCGUCAUAUUAUUGAUGAUCUUACUGCUGAUAAAUAUGAAAGUUUUUACAUUAAUUUUACUUCGACAAUUAAUCGUGAAUUAUUAGAAGAAUUUGCUAAAAAGGUGGCUCUUCUGGGUAAAUCUCUGAAGAUUCUUCAAGUUUAUGAUCAAUAUUUGGACUUUAUUGUUACUGAACCUGAUUUAUUUUCUUUAGAUAUACAAGAUGUCUAUACAAAAUUUAACAACCCCUUGACAAAUGAAGAUGAAAUACAUCAAUUGGCAGACACCAUUGCCAAUGGGAUCUUGGCCACCAUUAUCACCCUUGGUAACAUCCCAGUGAUCAGAUGUUCUCGUGGAGGACCUGCAGAACUUGUUGCUUCACAAUUGGAUUUAAAAUUAAGAGAUUAUGUUAAUAAUUCCAAGAAUUCAUCCUUCAAUACUUCUAUACAACAAAGACCAGUAUUGGUUCUUCUUGAUCGUUCACUUGAUUUAGCCUCAAUGUUCUCUCAUUCUUGGAUCUAUCAAUGUAUGGUCAGUGAUGUGUUAGAUUUAAGAAGAAAUACAAUCAAAGUUAUAAAAUUUACUGAUAAUGAUUCAAAUAAUUCUACUCCUAAUACAACCACUAAACAAUAUGAUAUUGAUCCAAAUGAUUUCUUCUGGGCCAAAAAUUCUCAACUCCCAUUCCCAGAUGUGGUUGAAAAUGCUGAUGCUGAUCUUAAUACUUAUAAAAGAGAUGCACAAGAAUUAAGUACCAAGACGGGUAUUUCCUCCUUCAAUGACAUAGACCCUAACGCCCCCGAUGCCGACACCGCCAACAUCCAACAGGCAGUGGAUGCUCUCCCAGAGUUGACUGCCCGUAAGUCCACCCUCGACAUGCAUAUGGACGUUUUGGCCACGUUGUUGAAAGAAUUAGAGGCAAAAUCCUUGGAUAAAUUUUUUGAAAUUGAACAAAAUUAUAAUGACCCAAAGAUUCAAAGUCAGUUUUUGGCUAUCUUGAACUCAGAGUCCAAGAGAGACAACUCCACAGAUAAGUUAAGAACAUUUUUAAUCUUGACGUUGUUGACAGACUUACCUGCGCAAUUUUCAGAAGAAUGUGAAACAUUAUUGAGCAAGAAAAACUCUGAAACUGCAAUGAAUGCUCUUAAAUACAUUCGUAAAUUUAAGGAGAUUAUGAAGCUCUCUAAUAUCCCCUUGAAUGAGGCUAAUACCACGGUACACGAUUCACACGCAACAAAGAAUAACUCUGCUCUUUUCAAUGGAUUAUCAUCUAAACUUUAUGGUUUGACAGAAGGUAGAAUCACUGAAGGAUUGAGCUCUCUUGCAUCAGGGUUAAAGAACUUACUUCCAGAUAAGAAGCAACUCCCAAUUACGAAUGUAGUGGAGGCUAUCAUGGACCCUACGAACGCAUCGAAUAGCUCGGUUCAACUCACUGAUGACUAUCUUUAUUUGGACCCAAAAUCGAGGGGCGGACAUUCCAAGCCUCCAAAGAGACAAACAUACCAAGAAUCGCUCGUAUUCAUUGUUGGUGGUGGUAACUACUUGGAAUAUCUGAACCUCCAAGAAUGGGCAAACACACCAAACAAACCAAACAAACACGUUACGUAUGGUAGCACCGGUAUUCUAACCGCCGCAGACUUUUUACUGCAAUGUGGAAGUCUUGGACGACUUGAAAGUUAGGCGGCUAUGCGCAUUCUACUUUUCACGUUUAACAUAUACAAUGAAUUUAAUCCUCAAUACAUGCUACUUUC